GCGGGCAGCAGUGGUAUUUUGGGGAGAUGGAAGAUCGAUGACAAGCCGGUGAAAAUUGACAAAUGGGACGGUUCAGCUGUGAAAAAUUCUUUGGACGAUUCUGCCAAAAAGGUUCUCCUGGAGAAGUACAAGUACGUCGAAAAUUUCCGUUUGAUCGACGGCCGCCUCAUCAUCUGCACAAUCUCUUGUCUUUUCGCGAUUGUAGCUUUGAUUUGGGAUUACCUGCACCCCUUUCCUGAAUCCAAACCUGUUCUUGCCUUUUGUGUUAUAUCAUAUUUUGUGAUGAUGGGAAUCCUGACUAUCUAUACCUCAUACAAAGAAAAGAGUAUUUUCCUCGUAGCUCACAGAAAAGACCCUGCGGGGAUGGACCCCGACGACAUUUGGCAGCUCUCCUCCAGUCUCAAACGGUUUGAUGACAAGUACACCCUGAAGCUGACUUUCAUCAGCGGGAAAACCAAACAGCAGAGGGAAGCCGAGUUCACUAAAUCCAUUGCGAAAUUCUUCGAUAACAACGGGACGUUAGUCAUGGAGGCCUACGAGCCGGAGGUGUCCAAGCUGCACGAUAGUCUGGCCUUGGAGAGGAAAAUAAAAUGAUUUCUGACACCACCUGCCUCCUGGGAACGUGCUAAAUUAACGCCAAUAAAGUAAAAUAGUAAAGAAA